UUCGGUUUUCCUUCUCCCCUACCGAACAAACAGCUUUUCUCUCCUAGUCACUUCACUCCUUCCAUGGCGGCUUCCUUAUCUUCCUCCUCUCAAAUGAAUUCCAUUCUCCAAUUCAGAACUAACUGCUCCAAAACUCUCAUCUUCCUUCCCGAUUCGUAUCGCAGAGGCAUCGUAUCGGCCAAGUCUCACGCUCACGAAUUGAUUGCGUGUGCGUGGAGGAGCGGCGUAAGCUACGACAAGCUUCGUCUCGGAGCUUCCGUGGGCCUCUCUCCUGGUCCUGUAGUCAAGCGGUCGCUACAGAAGAGAGCAGUGAUAAGGUGUGCAACCAUUGAAGAAAUAGAAGCGGAGAAGUCCACAAUUGAGAAGGAUGUUAAAUCGAAGAUGGAGAAGACAAUUGAAACGCUUCGGACAAGUUUCAACUCCAUAAGGACAGGAAGAGCUAAUCCGGCAAUGCUAGACAAGAUCGAGGUUGAGUACUAUGGAAGUCCAGUGAGCCUGAAAAGCAUUGCCCAAAUCGGUACACCUGAUGCAAGUUCCCUCUUGGUGCAGCCCUACGACAAGUCCAGCUUAAAGGCUAUAGAGAAGGCCAUCGUGAAUUCUGAUCUCGGAAUGACUCCUAAUAAUGACGGGGAAGUUAUUCGGUUGUCCUUGCCUCCUCUCACAGCUGAGAGAAGAAAGGAACUAUCAAAAGUUGUGGCAAAACAGGCCGAAGAAGGGAAGGUUGCUGUGAGGAACAUAAGAAGAGAUGCCCUGAAAGCUUACGAAAAACUUGAGAAGGAAAAGAAGCUAUCGGAAGACAACGUGAAGGAUUUGUCAAGUGAUUUGCAGAAACUAGUCGAUGCAUACAUGAAGAAGGUCGAUGAGCUCUACAAGCAGAAGGAAAAGGAAGUGCUGAAGGUGUAACAACAGCUGGGUGUACUCGUAUGUAAAUGAACCAGUUCCUAAGACGGUAACUCCCUUGUCCUCUGGGGAAACAAUUGUCAAUGUGAUGUUUGUAGAAGUAGUGAAGGGGUGGAGAUGAACUUUCCUUUAAGAUCUAUAAUCACAUUGUUUGUUUUUCGCUGUAUCUGUAUGCUGCGGGAGCACUACAACAUGAUCGAUGGAGAGGGCGUGUGUGUGUGUUGUCGGACAAAAUAGGUUAUAUGGUUUUUCUCUCUGGUGUUCCAUCGAUGAUUAACUAUUGCAAUUUGACGGUACUAUUAGUAUUACUACAGGUUCUAUUGCUUCA